UACACACCUUGCAGGUGCAGCCGAAAACCACCACCAGUCUGUGUGCCCAUGGCGACCUUCUCCAACGAGGAGCUUCUGCAGGCGCACACCGAGCUCUGGGACCUCACCUUCGGCUACCUCAAAUCCAUGGCGCUCGAGUGCGCCAUCAAGCUCGGUCUCCCAAACGCCAUCCACCGAUGCGGCGGCGCCGCCACGCUGCCGGACCUGCUCGACGCCAUUUCUGUCCCGGAGCGCAAGAAGGCGCACCUGCCUCGCCUCAUGAGGUUUCUCGCCGCGUUCGGUAUCUUUACUGUCAACGCACCUGCUGCAGAGGAGUGCGCGGAUGGGGAGAAGGCGAGCGCCGUCUACGGCCUCACGCCGGUGUCUCGCCUGCUGGUGGACGACGCCGGCGCCAACGGGUCGUGCGGGAGCCUCUCGCCGUUCGUGCUCUCCCAGACAACCAGGUACCACGUGAAAGCGGCCAUGCACCUGCCGGAGUGGUUCAUGAGCGAUGACGGCGCGGCGGCGGUGGCGAUGCCGUUCAGGAUGGCGCACGGCACAGACCUGUGGGGCGUCAUGGGGCGUGAUCCCAAGAUGAACCAGGUCUUCAACGCGGGCAUGGGUUCCGACACCCAGCUCGCGAUGGACUUCGUCAUCGGCAACUACGGCGACGUGUUCGAGGGGGUGACCUCGCUGGUCGACGUCGGCGGCGGGACCGGCUCCGCGGCGAGGGCCAUCGCGAGGGCCUUCCCGCACGUCAAGUGCUCCGUGCUCGACCUCCCCAACGUGGUCAAUUCCAUCCCGCCCGACGGCGUGGUCGAGUACAUCUCAGGCGACAUGAUGAGCUCCAUUCCAAACACCGAUGCGGUGUUCCUCAAGUACAUCAUGCAUGACUGGAACGACGAGGACUGCGUGAAGAUCUUGACGCAGUGCAAGAAGGCGAUCCCCGAAUCGGGCGGGAAAGUGAUAAUCAUAGACAUAGUGGUCGGAUCUCCUUUGAAAGCCAUGCUGGAAGCCCAAGUCUCGUUUGAUCUGCUGAUGAUGGUGAUCACGGCAGGCAAGGAGCGUGACGAGCACGAGUGGCGCAAGAUUUUCAUGGACGCGGGGUUCAGCCACUACAAGACAAGGCCUAUUUUGGGGUUUAUGGCCAUCACCGAGCUGUAUGCUUAGCCAUGCCGUGCAUGCGUGAUUACAGCAGAUAUCUGCUGUAACGUGUGUGUAAGCGUAGGUCCUGUGAUGUUCAUCGUGGUUGUCGAAGUGUCUUUUUGCAGCAACAAUUUGUUCCUACGUCUUUAAAGGCUCCCAUAUUUGUAUGAUCUGUUGCUCGGCUAUAUGGACUUAAUAAAAUUAGCGUUUUGAGGUA